AUUGAGCGGCUGAGAUAGAAAAGUAAAAAACUACAAACCAAAUAAUUCUGCAGUUGGAAGAGCAGCAGGUAUGAAAAGCCAGACUGUGGUUGCGUCUGUGGCUCUGCUGGCCCUGUGCUGCCUGCUGAUCCCCAGAGGAGGGGAGAGUGCUGGGGGGAUAGUUUCUCUCCGGCAGACUGAACGGGAGAAGCAGGCAGAGGAUCAGCUGCAAGACGAGUCCCUGGAUGACCCAGAAAGUGAGCAAGGACUCGCAGUGGACCCACACCCACUGGGGAGCAGCAACAAGGACAAGAGGGACACAGAGGAGGCAGCUCGGGUUGGGUUUUCAAGCAGGGUGAGGAGAGCACCAGAGGAAGGCAAAAAGAAGAAGAAAGACAAGAAGAAGAACAAAGAGCCAAAGGACCCCAAAGCCACCAAAAAGCCUAAAACUGACAAGAAGGGAAAGAAGAAGGACAAGCAGACAACCACAACUCUACCACCGACCACAACUCUACCACCGACCACAACUCUACCACCAACCCCGACUGAACCCCCCACUGAACCGGAGGCAUACACAGACUACUCCUAUCCUGAUGCUGACAAUUAUGAACCGGACGGUGACUACUGGGAAGAAGAGCCCACACCAGCCAGGCCUCAGCCCCAGACUACGAUCCCAGACCUUCCAUACGACUACUGGAAGCCGGAGGAGGAAGACCCAGCUGCCCCAGUGACAAACGUCUACGAUGACUACUGGAAACCAGAGGAGAAAGAGCCGUCCACGGCGACGCCUGAUACCUACGAGGACUACUGGAAACCAGAGGAGAAAGAGCCGUCCACUCCGGUGCCUGAUGCCUACGAGGACUACUGGAAACCAGAGGAGAAAGAGCCGUCCACUCCGGCGCCUGAUGCCUACGAGGACUACUGGACACCAUGGACACCAGAGGAGAAAGAGCCGUCCACUCCAACGCCUGAUGCCUACGAAGACUACUGGACACCAGAAGACAAAGAACCAUACGCUCCUGUGACUGAUAACUAUGACGGCUACUGGAAAGAGACGGACCCGACGCCCCCUGCCCCUGAGGUUGAUGGGAAGGCCGGGACAGAUGACACCGAUUACUGGGACACCACAUUUGAGGUGCCGGAGAACCUUCCAUUCCCUGAUGGUAAAGAGGUCAGCCCUGAAAUCAAAGUAGAAACUCUACCAGAGGAACCCACUACCACUCCUCCCCAUGAGGGAACGUGGUAUGAUGAUUACGACGAAUAUGGAAUGAGGAGGAAAGAAGACGAGGCUGACGACAAAUGGAUGGAAAAGGAGCGAGAGAGAGCAGCAAAAGAAAGAGCGAGGGAAGAGAAACAGAGAGUGCAGAAGCUGAAGGAGGCCGAGGAGCGGGCCAGGAACAGACCACGUGUCUUCAAAGAGCCAAAGAAGUGUCCUCCCCUGGGGAUGGAGUCUCGUAAGAUUGAGCCAGACCAACUGUCAGCCUCCUCCGUGUCUCAGUAUAGUUUUGCACCUCAGAGGGCGCGGCUCAACAUGCAGGGCUCAGAUGAUGAAGAAAACAUGAGAGGUGGAGGCUGGUGUGCAAACUCAGAAGACAAAAACCAUUGGUUUGAGAUUGAUGCUCGCAGGGAGACGGAGUUCACAGCAGUCGUGACUCAAGGACGCAACUCUUUGAACGAGAGUGACUUUGUGAAGUCCUACUUCCUGGCCUUCAGCAAUGACAGCAGAGAAUGGACCACCAUCCAUGAUGGAUACACUGACUGGUUGUUUUUUGGAAACAGUGAUAAGGACACUCCAUUGAUGAACCAGCUGGCGGUGCCUGUGCUGGCCCGUUUCAUUCGGAUCAUCCCUCAGAGCUGGAACGGCUCUCUGUGUAUGAGGCUAGAGGUCCUUGGUUGCCCUGUACCCGAUCCAGUGGAUGUUCAGUACAGGCAAAACGAAGUCACUCCAGUAGAUUACUUGGAGUUCAAACAUCACAGCUACUCAGACAUGGUUUCACUCAUGAAGUCAGUAAAUGCGGAGUGUCCCAACAUCACCAAAGUCUACAGCCUGGGCCGCAGCUCCAAGGGACUGGAUAUAUUGGCCAUCGUCAUUUCUGGCAACCCCACAGAGCACGAAAUAGGCGAGCCAGAGUUUCGCUUCACGGCAGGUCUCCACGGAAACGAGGCAGCGGGUCGGGAGAUGAUCCUGCUUCUGAUGCAGUACCUGUGCAAAGAGUACAAAGACAGAAACCCCAGAGUCCAGCGGCUGGUGGAGGGAAUACGCAUCCAUCUGGCGCCAUCGCUCAACCCUGACGGACAUGUGGAAGCUUUCGAAGUGGGAUCGGAGUUGAGUGGAUGGACCACUGGACACUUCACUGAGGACGGCUUUGACAUCUUCCAGAACUUCCCUGACCUGAACAGUAUCCUGUGGGAUGCUGAAGAUAAGGGCAUGGUGCCCAAACUCACCCCAAAUCACCACAUGCCCAUACCAGAGAACUUGGAGACCAACAUCUCGAUUGCUGUGGAAACUAAGGCCAUAAUCUCCUGGAUGAGAAACUAUCCAUUUGUGUUAGGUGCAAACUUCCAGGGUGGAGAGGCAAUUGUAGCUUACCCUUUUGACAGCUUACGUCUAAACAAGCCUGCCGAGAGCCAGACACCCCACAGCCGCAAGAAGAGACAGUAUGAAGAAGUUGAUACGUCAGAGUGGAGAAGAGGCUACCACGAGGAGCCAGAGGAAGACUUAAGAGGAAGAGAAUAUGCAGAGCCAGAAGAGGAGAGGAGGGGCCAGGGCUAUGACCAAGGUUACGAACGUGGCUAUGACCAGAACCAAGGUUACGAACGUGGCUAUGACCAGAACCAAGGUUACGAACGGGGCUAUGACCAGAACCAAGGUUACGAACGGGGCUAUGACCAGAACCCAGGUUACGAACGUGGCUAUGACCAGAACCCAGGUUACGAACGUGGCUAUGACCAGAACCCAGGUUACGAACGUGGCUAUGACCACAACCAAGGUUACGAACGUGGCUAUGAUCAGAACCCAGGUUACGAACGUGGCUAUGACCAGAACCAAGGUUACGAACGUGGCUAUGACCAGAACCCAGGUUACGAACGUGCCUAUGACCUGAACCAAGGUUACGAACGUGGCUAUGACCAGAACCAAGGUCACGAACGUGGCUAUGACCAGAACCAAGGUCACGAACGUGGCUAUGACCAGAACCAAGGUCACGACCAUGGCUACGACCACAGCCACGGGAAUGGCCAUAGAGAAGAAGAAGAGGAUGAUAGAGGAAGAAGCGACAGCUACCAGUACUCUGAGCCCGAGGAUGAGCCUCGGGUGAUCGCAGACGAGUCCCUCUUCAGGUGGCUGGCUGUCUCUUAUGCCUCCACACACCUGACCAUGACACGCGACUUGCACGGCUCUUGCCACGGAGACACCACUGCAGGGCAGCAUGGUAUCGUCAACCGAGCCAAAUGGAAGCCAAUCACAGGGAGUAUGAAUGACUUCAGCUACCUGCACACCAACAGUUUUGAGUUGUCCAUAUUCCUGGGAUGUGAUAAGUUCCCCCAUCAGAGUGAGUUGGCAAAUGAGUGGGAGAAGAACAGAGAAGCGAUGCUCAUCUUCAUGGAGCAGGUGCAUCGUGGCAUCAGAGGCAUUGUGAAGGAUCAGCAGGGGAACCCCAUUGCAAAUGCCACUGUGUCUGUAGAGGGGAUAAACCAUGAUGUCACUACAGCAUUAACAGGGGACUAUUGGCGGCUGCUUAACCCUGGAGAGUACCGCGUGACAGUUCGAGCUGAGGGCUUCUCCCCUGUGACCAAACUCUGUGUGGUGGGUUACCAGUCAGGAGCCACCACCUGCAGCUUCAACCUGGCCAAGUCCAACUGGGACCGCAUUAAACAGAUCAUGGCCCUCAAUGGCAACAAGCCAAUUCGACUGAGCUAUAGCAACAACAGAGCACAGAACCCUGCAGUUGCUAAUGGCAACAGGCGUGUGGUUGAUGGCAACAAUGGGUAUUCACCAAAUUCACGAGUCGGCACUGAACAGCAAAGGAGGCUCAAGAUAGCUCGUCUCCGUCGCCUACGGAAACAGAGAUUACUGAAGUUAAGAUCAAAAACAACGUUACCCCCAACGACCACAAUCCCCACAACGCCAGAGACCACCACAUCCUGGUAUGACUCGUGGGUCAUCGGGGAGGGGCAGACUUCCACGCCUGGCGGAUUCACAGACUCCAUCCUGGAUUAUAACUAUGAGUACAAGAUUGAUGACUAUUAAUCGGAAACCAAACACACAGCCUGAUGCAGCACACGGUCCUUUCCUAGAAGUAGUUCUCGUUGUCUUAUUGUCCUCUGAGGAAUCCUGUCUUUGUAGGACACGCAAGCAAUGGGAAUGUACAGAAUAUUAACUUCAUAGUUGUAUAAAGAUUGUGUAUCUAUUAAUUAACAAUGCCUCUUCACAGAAUUUGACCCCGUUAAUCAUAAUAGUAUUUCCGUUUGACGGGUCAUGCUGCAUUUUUCUGAUUGUUAUUCAGGCUUUUUGCUUCCUGAAAAGUUUUUUAUUGUAGAUUCACAUUGUUAAAAAGUUUUUUUUACUUCACCAUGGCAGAAACAGUUUUUACAGUAUGAACAGUCACUGAAAGUUUAAAAAGCAUUUGUUCAAACUUGAUAACAGAGUCAGAGGAGGGAAGGAGUCUUCGGUCAUGUUGCCUCAAAUAAAGGUUUGUUAACACAC